AGAAGAAGAAGAAGAAGAAGACUAACACGGGAAUCUCGCGAUAUUUUCGACUCACGUCACUUCAGUCAGACAUACAUCCCGUGGAGGCGGAGAUUAGCAGGCUCCUCUCUGUUGAUAUGUAGCUUUUAGGCAGUGAAACAUCGGAUUUUUAUUGUCUCAGUUGAAAUUAAAGUCUACACUUGGUCGUGAGAACAUUCACACCGCCACAGACCCGAGAUAAGUAGGGUAAAGUACAGGGAAACUGCUGCUGCUGAGGUGAAAAUGUCUGCGGGCUCCGGGAGCAGAAACACAAACACGAACACGAACACGGAACCGUGGGGAAGCUUCGAUGAUAACCUCAUCCAGGGCAGCGGCUCGGCGGUUAUUGACAUGGAGAACAUGGAUGAUACGUCGGGCUCCAGCUUUGAGGACAUGGGAGAGAUGCACCAGAGGAUGAAGGUGGCGGCAGAGGCAGCGGCUGCCGAGGAUGACAAUGCAGAUGAUGGGGAGUUUCUGGGCAUGAAGGGGUUAAAGGGCCAGCUGGGACGCCAGGUGGCCGACGAGGUGUGGCAGGCGGGGAAGCGGCAGGCCUCCAGAGCCUUUAACCUCUACGCCAACAUUGACAUCCUGAGGCCCUACUUUGACGUGGAGCCGGUGCAGGUCCGCAGCAGGUUGGUCGAGUCCAUGAUACCCGUCCGCAUGAUCAACUUCCCACAGAAGAUCGCAGGUGAGCUGUAUGGUCCUCUGAUGUUGGUCUUCACUCUGGUGGCCAUCUUGCUGCACGGCAUGAAGACUUCAGGAACUGUCAUCAGAGAGGGCACUCUGAUGGGUACUGCUAUAGGAACAUGUUUCGGAUACUGGCUCGGUGUUUCCUCCUUCAUCUACUUCCUGGCGUACCUGGUCAACGCUCAGAUUACCAUGCUACAGAUGCUAUCUCUGCUGGGUUAUGGUCUGUUUGGCCACUGUGUCGUCCUCCUCAUCACCUACAACAUCCAUUUCCACUUCCUGUUCUACUUCCUGUGGCUGCUGAUUGGAGGACUGUCCACUCUGCGUAUGGUAGCAGCUCUGCUGUCCCGUACAGUCGGUAAGACUCCUCGCCUCCUCCUUUGUGGGACUCUGUCUGUUCUCCACCUGCUCUUCCUGCUCUACCUGCACUUUGCCUACCACAGGAUUGUAGAAGGGCUGCUGGACUCUCUGGAAGGACCCAACAUGGCUCCCAUGCAGCGGGUGGCCAGAGAUGUGCCCGAAUUGACGCUCAACACCACACUGAGGACUCUAGGGGUCCUGGUGAGGCCCCACACGCUUGGAGACGGCACCGGUCGUCUUUUUAAAAUAUAAAGUUUCUCAUUGACUGUAAACAUUCAUUCUUUGAAACCUAAAUGACAAAAUCAUCUCAGCUCAAUGGCCCAUAUAGAAUCUCAUCAUUUACUGUUGAAGACCAGGACAACUGCUCCAAAAGCUAGUAAGGGGACUUUGACUUAAGAUGUUUUUGUCAGAUUUUCUCUUCUUCAGCUGCCAAUUCUAUAUUAAUGUCCUCUGGUGAUGAAGCUGAAUGUUUCUGUUGAUAUUUGUACUUUUUUUUUUAUUUCUGUCUUUGGGUUUUCGUUCUUCAUGAUCAGUUGUAUUUAUAGUGUCUGUACAAAAACUCCAAUAAACUUGAUAGACUUUGGUUUGAGUUA